AAAAGAAUAAACAAUGAAGAUAAUUCACAGUUCAAAGAUCACCCCACGUUAGAUGAAAGAUAUUUAUUACUUCAUCUGCUUGGAAGAGGUGGCUUUGGUGAAAUGUAUAAGGCUUUUGACCUAUAUGAACAAAGAUAUGCUUCUGUGGAGAUCUAUGAGCUUAAUAAAAGCUGGAGAGAUGAGAAACAAGAAAACUACCACAAACAUGCCUGCAGAGAGUAUAGAACACACAAAGAAUUGGAUCACCCCAGAACAGUUAAACUGUAUGACUAUUUUUUCUUGGAUACAGGUGCCCUUUGUACACUGUUAGAAUACUGUGAAGGCAAUGACUUAGAUUUCUAUGUGAAACAACACAAAUUAAUGUCAGAGAAAGAACCUAGGUCUAUUGUGAGGGAGAUUGUAAAUGCACUAACAUACCUCAGUGAGAUCAAACCUCCAAUUACACAUCAUGAUCUUAAGCCAGGCAAUAUCCUUCUUGUAGAUGGGACAGCAUGUGGAGAAAUCAAAAUUAGGUUUGGUCUGUCCAAAAUUAUGGAUGAUGACAGCUAUGGUGUAGAUGGAAUGGAUCUAACCUCCGAAGGAGCAGGCCCUUACUGGUAUUUACCUCCUGAAUGUUUUGUAGUUGGAAAAGAGCCACAAAAGAUUUCCAACAAGGUUGAAAUGUGGUCAGAUGGAGUCACCUUUUUUCAGUGUCUCUGUGGUAGAAAGCCAUUUGGUCACAAUCAACCUCAACAAGACAUUCUUCAAGAAAAUACAAUACUAAAAGCCACUGAAGUCCAGUUCCCUGUAAAACCAGUUGUUAACAGUGAAGCCAAGGCCUUCAUAAGAUGCUGUUUGGCAUACCGAAAAGAAGGUCGAUGUGAUGUGCCCCAGCUGGUGAAUGAUCCAUACCUUCUCACACACAUGAGAAGAUCAAAUGCUUCAGGAAGCAUCCACAGGGCUGGACCGACGGCGUUUCCCACUCCCCCUUCUUCAAGCACAAUCACUUACUGACGACUUUCCUUCAGGAUCGUCAUGGUGCCUUUGCAUUGCUUCCAGAUGCACACUUGAGUUUUGAGAGCAUUUGAGUGUUUUCUGUUUU